GGAUUGUCACGAAUAGAUUACUAAAUUCAAUUUUUAUUUUAAAUUAUGUGAUAUAAUCAAGUCACAAAUGAACAAUUUUAUAUAAUAAUAUCAUUUGAAAAUUUUGGUGAAUGGGUGAAAACAUAAAUCUAUAAUUUGUAAGCUUGUGCCUUUUGUAUGUACGCGUACUUUCUAAAGUGGCAAUUUUAAUAAUAAUUUAAUAAUAAAUAGAUAUUUAUAAAUAUACGUAAAUAAUGAGUGAUGACGAUCGUGACAUAGAUAUUGAAAGUGAUGAUGCUGAUGACUCGGAUUCUCGAUUACCAGGGCGCAAUGCUGGAACUAUAUAUUAUUCACAGGCAGAAAAGAGAGCUCAUCAUAAUGCUUUGGAGAGAAAGCGCAGGGAUCACAUAAAAGACAGCUUCACUUCACUAAGGGACUCUGUCCCAGCUUUACAAGGAGAAAAAGUUGCAAGCCGAGCACAAAUACUCAAAAAGGCAGCAGAGUAUAUUCAUUUUAUGAGGAAAAAAAAUAAUUGCCACCAGCAAGAUAUUGAUGAUCUCAAGAGGCAAAAUAGUAUUUUAGAGCAACAAAGUAAUUUACUAGAAAGGGCAAAGGCAACAGGAAAUUUUGCUGCUGAAACUAGCGACUUAUCAAUGAAUAUUAAAAGUGACGGAAGUUCCUUAACUUCAGAUAGCUCUGAUAAUGAUUCACCAUCAAGGACAAACAAUAAAUCUAGGCACAAUAAGAGAAUUAAGUUGAAUGGUUAUGCCUAA